UUUCAUUUGAUCAGUUUCUCUGCUCAUCUUUCAUCAUCGCUUUUCUCACCUUUAUUUGCUUUUAUUCUGCACUGAAUCAUUUUUAUUCACAUUAUUCUUUACGUUUUUGUAUUGGUUUGUGCUCACCCAGGGUCAAAGGUCACCACCAGCUGCUGGGUAAGAGUGAGUCUGAGUUAGGUUCAUUGUUUUCUGUUGUGUUGCUCCUCUGUCCCGUUGUUUGGUAAGACAUUCUUCUUCUUCUUACUCCUGUUGGUGUCGGAGUCCACAGCUCGUCUCCUGUUGCUGAUCUGAUCUGUGAUGGUUCUUCUCUGAUGGACCAGUUGUUCAGUUCUUUAGUCUGAAGCAGAUUCUGGAUCAGUUCAGGAAGUGGAUCCAGGCUAAAGACCAACAAACUCUCAGUUCAUCAGAUGAGAAAAGAACAAAUGUGUGUUUGUUGUUGAGUUUCAUCUUCAGCCGUGAAGAAGAAUUCAUAAAACAUGUGACUUUAACUCAUCAAAUCCACUUGAGAACUUUGGAUCAGAACCAGAACAUUUUGUAGUGAUGAAAUGAGAGGAAGUUUGAAAACAGUUACAACACUGAACCAGUUCAUCGUGAUUGAUCACAUCUGCUUAUUACUAGUGUCAUGUUGAAGCUACAUCAUCUCUGAGGUGAUUAGGCCCAAGUGUUAUAAACAGGUUUUUAUCUCCUUAAAACAUGUUCAGCUGAUGAGUUUCUUCAUGUUUCAUAGACGAGUAUUUCUAUGAACUAAAGUACAGUUCAUGUUCUGGGUCCUCUCCGUGCUGGACGUUCACCCAAGUCCAUUUGUUGAGGACUCUGUAGGUCUAUGAGCAUCAUGCGUUUCAUGGUGUCGAAGAGGAAGUUUAAGGAGAGUCUUCGUCCAUAUGACGUCAUGGACGUGAUCGAGCAGUAUUCAGCCGGUCACCUGGACAUGCUUGCCCGCAUCAAGAACCUCCAGUCCAGAGUGGAUCAGAUUGUUGGCAGAGGAACACCAACUGCAGACAAAGACCGUCCCAAAGCAGCCAAUGAGGAGCUUCCUGAGGAUCCAAGCAUGAUGGGACGGCUGGGGAAGGUGGAGAAGCAGGUGCUGUCCAUGGAGAGAAAGUUGGACUUCCUGGUGAACAUCUACAUCCAGCGAAUGGGAAUCCCUCAGGCUGAGACCGACGCCUACUUUGGAUCCAAGGAGCCAGACCCAGCUCCGCCCUACCACAGUCCAGUGGAUCAGCUGGAGAAGAGCCAGUCUGUCCCCAAGAUCCUGCAGGUGCUGCCUAGCGACAAAGUGGAGAAGCCUCGUCAUGUGACCAAGAUGGUUCGCUCCAGCAGCUCCACGGGUCACAGAAACUGCAAAACCCCCACAUGCCCUCCCUCCACCUCCUGGCAGCCAAUCAGCUCCCACCUCCCUCAACAUGCCCCACCCCCUCAUCAGCAUAGCCACGGCCACACACCAAGUCCGGUGGGAGGCGGGUCCCUGGUUCGACUCCCACCUCCUCCGGCCGGAGAGCGACAUGGAGGCAAGCGGUCCAACCGGCAGAGCACGGGAGAGCGUGGGGGGGUGGAGAGGGGAGGGGAGGGGACCAAUGGGACGGAGGGGGGAGGGGGGAAGGUGAAGCUGGAAAGUGAUGCGUCUGUCUCCGUCCCGUCCGUGGACCACGAGGAGCUGGAACGUUCCUUCAGUGGGUUCUCCAUCUCUCAGUCCAGAGAGAACCUGGACUUCCUCAACAACAGCUUCUACUCCUCCAACCUGGACCGGCGAGGAGGUGGAGGCCCCGCCCCUUGCCCCGCCCUCCGCCCCUACAUUGCUGAGGGCGAGUCGGACUCCGACUCUGAGCUCUGUGCCCCCUCCCCACACUCGGACCAGGCCUAGACCAGAACCAGACCAGGCCUAGACCGGAACCAGACCAGGCCUAGACCGGAACCAGGUGGAGCUGAAGGUGAACCAGGGAAGAACCAGCAGAAAACUAAAGAGCCUCGAAAAUGUGAAUGAAACCUCAGAGACAUUAACACCAGCUGAGAGUGAAGCAUCAUGGGAAAAGAAGACGUCCGUGUUUCAUUUGUUCAGAAAGUGUUUUUUCUUGCAGUGAUUGGUUCACUGCUGUGACAGAUUAACUAUAAUUAGACGAUUAUUGAUCAAUUUUAAAAUGUUUACACUGGAAGUGAACAGACCAUUGUUGACUUCCAGUGUAAAAGAACUCUUAUUUUACACCAUUUUAACUACUUAUUUUGAAUUCAGUCACUGACUCAAAGAUUCAUAGAAACGUUCUCGUCACUGUGACAUCUUGUUUUCUAACAUCGUGGAUUUGUCGUACAUGCUAACGGACUGAGGCUAAUGAAGCGUGAACCUCGUUCUCUGCUUACGGUUCUACGCUGUCAGGGGGAGGGGCUUUAAAUGAUGUUUGUGAACAACACGAGUCAUGUCAUAAACACAUGAAUAUAAACAAUGUCAUCAACUUUUCAUUGAUUUAUUAUCGUUAAUCUCAACAGGAACGUUUAAAUAAUACUGAAAAUGUUUCUGAGUCACUUACUGAAUCUGUCCAGCAGGGGGCAGUCAGUGUGCUCAGUCGCUUGCAGGAAGCUGAUAAGAUAAGCUUACCAAAAUAAAAUUCUAGUGUAUUUAACUUUCUGAGCUCGGGGUGAAGAGUGGAAACAAUUUGUCCUGAGGGGGGCGCUACAGGUGUAAUUAAUAUAUCCCCUGAAACAGCAGCUCUCCUUUGAUUGGCUGACAGAAGAGACCUGCUUUAUGCUCAUUAAUAUUAAUGUGGAACGCUUUAUUUACUGUUUCCAUGGAAACAUUUCAUCACUACCGUUAAAGAAAAGACACUUUUCUAGUUUUUACAGAAAAAUACUUGUUUAUUUUAUUUUCUGGUUUAAUGUUCAAACGUCACGAUUGUUUUAAUGAUUGACUACGAUCACUUUAUAUGAAAACUGUUUGUUAAAAUGUCGUCAGUUUGAAAAACAAUAAAAAAAAACUAACCACAAAAAAA